AUGAUGGCGUCGCCUUCGUCAACUGCGGCUUACUUGAUAAAUGCUUCACGUUGGAAUGAGGAAGCUGAAGCUUAUUUGAGACAUGUUGUCAAGGCCGGUACUGGCCACGGCGAUGGCGGGAUCCCUGGUACUUUUCCGACAACCUAUUUUGAGUAUAGUUGGAUUCUUGCUACACUCCUCCGAAGCGGCUUCUCGAAAUUGGACCUCGAAUGCGCAGAGCUACAAGGAAUAUCAGAUAUCCUCGGCAGAGCAUUUCAAGAGGAACAGGGCAUUAUUGGGUUUGCGCCUCGCGCCGCUGACGUGGACGACACGGCCAAAUGUCUUUUGGCCCUGGGUAUGCUUGAUCGUCAUGUCAACCCGGAUCGAAUGAUCAGAGUCUUUGAAGUACGAGAUCAUUUUGCCACAUUCGGCUCAGAAAGAGAUCCGAGUUUCACUUCAAACUGCCACGUCCUGCUUGCGCUUCUCCAUCAUCCAGACAACUCUCGCUACUAUCCGCAAAUUUUGAAGACGACCAGAUUUAUUUGUGGGCGCCGGUGGAAUGGCGAUCACCAUAUCAAGGACAAAUGGCAUUUGAGUCACCUGUACCCAACCAUGCUAUUGGCCGAGGCCUUUACAGACCUCCUUCGACUUCUGGACAGCGGCGGCGCCUUUUUGGACAUGGCGGGCCCAGAGUUGCAUUUGAGAGUUUCCAUUUCCUUGUUCCAAGCCUGUCUUCGUACCAUGCUGGAACAGCGAGAGGACGGUUCCUGGAAUGGCCUGCCCGAACAGACUUGUUAUGCCAUCCUGGCGCUCGCGGAAGCACGCCAUGUGUGCUUCUUCAAUCCGAUACAGGCGCAGUUACAGUCUGCCAUUGAUCGGGGGAUCGACUCUUUAAAAUCCAACAAUUUUCGAUCUACGGACUAUAACUGGACUUCCAAAACAGCUUACCAAGUUGCCUUUGUAGCAGAAGCAUACACGCUAGCAUCUCUAAAGGUCCGUCACCCAACGGAGGUCCCUGGAAGUGUCGGCUACAGUCUCGGAGUCGGCUUUUCUGCGGCUGAAAUGGAUAGCUACGUCCAUCUGGUGCGCCAGACGUCUUUAUUCUCUGCGGUUCCGGAAUGGCAGAUUCGAGCAUCAUUGCUUGAGUCAUCCCUAUUUAUACCUCUUCUGCGGGCGCAACGACUUGAAGUGUAUGCGAGGGACGAGACCCGGGUAACUGAGGACAAGUAUCUCAACAUCAUCCCCUUUACCUGGGUCGGGUGCAACAAUAGAUGUCGCAUUUUUGCAUCGGCCUCAUUUCUAUACGACUUGAUGUUGCUGUCACUGCUUGGCUAUCAAACUGACGAGUUCAUCGAGACGAUUGCUGCUCCGGCUUUUCCCGAGACCACCAACCUGCUGCACGAGCUCAUUGACAAAAUUAUUGACAGCACUACAAAGGAUGAUACUGACUGUGUCGAUGACUCCAAUGGCUUGAAGAGCAUCAAUGCCGAAGAUGGUGAUAACUGCAGUCGCCAUGAAGCUGUUCUGAGGUCUAGCCUCUGGGACCGUAACAACCUGUGCGAAGAGUUACGGGCUUUCUUGCACGCACAUGCCACUCAAAUCGGGGAUAACUCACAGUUCGAGCACCAGGUACCACAGAGCACCGAUGUCUACACCUCGACCACAAGGCCCUUUUUCCAAUGGAGGGAUCGUGGCUACGGUUAUGGUGACGACGGCUACCGAGGCUAUGGCUAUGGUCAUUACAAGCGUGACGUGGCUGACGUGGAGAAGCGGGAUAUUGAGAAGCGUGGCACCCAGGGCGGUUACGAUGAUUAUGGUUACGGAUAUGGCUACGACCGUGACUACUACUACGGACGUCGAUACCGCCAUCAUCGCCACCAUCAUCACCGCGGUUACUAUGAUGGCUGGUACUGA